GGAGCGCUGGUUAUCCCAUCCACUACAUACAAAAAUAGAGCCAGCUGCCUUCGUUCCAUAGAAACCUGGAAGUCUCCAGGUCGCCCGCCGCGACGACCAAGAAGCAAGUCUCAGCUGCCAGCGGUCACGUCCUUAUCGCUGCCACUUCUCCGUCGCGUUUGCCGUUCGUCGUCGCCACAGGUCAUAUUGGUCCUCUGCUGCAGCUAAAGUUCGUGAGCAAUAAAAGAGCAGUUGGAAUUUAGCAUACACGGACCUACAUACCAUGAUCGAUCGUAUUAUGGAAGACCAUCAUACCAAUGUGUUCAUUGCUCCGCACUUUUUUGGCACAACGAGAGAAUAAGGUCAUCUGUGGGAACAAGAUCUGUCAUCUACAAUAGUUGUUGUAAAGGUGGUAAAGUUCGCAUACCUGCUUAUAGACCCAGGCCUGAACCUUUAUUGUCAUUAGCAAGGUUUGAUGGUGAUGUGGUUUCAAAAACUUCAUGCAAAAUAUAAGGCAAUACAAUUGCUUGUUUGCAUUUACAUCUAUGGGCGCUCAUAUUGAUAGAUCAUUGAAUGAUGGUCGCGGACCACCAGUCUUCAAGAUAUGUGGUCAGAUCCAUCAUCGAAUAGGCUCAUUACUUCCAAUGACCGACCAGCCCCCAAAAUUCCUUCAACUUUAUGUAUAUGAUACAUCACAUGAGGUAAAUAAUCGAAUACGGUCUUUAUCAAGUGAUGAUGCUCCUGAUUCUCCUAUACAGCCACAAAUUGUUCAUGAACUAUUACAGAUGUUGGACACCCAUAAUCCUUUCGCUAAAAAAUUCAGAAUUGCUAAGGAAAGGCUUAUCGAACACGCAGACGAGGAAUUUAUCAUUAGAAUUAUUGGAGCCAAAGAAGGAGAUCCUGUGCAAUAUGACAUGCCAACAACUGAUGAUUUAGCCAUGCUAGUUAUCGGUGAUUUCUCCCUUGAAACCUUCAAACGAGACAUUAUCAUAGAAACCAGAAAUUAUGAAUUAAAACGUAUUUCAUCGUUACAUCCAGCUUAUAUGGCCCUUCAAUAUCCACUCCUAUUUCCAUAUGGAGAACGAGGUUUCCAAAUUGGUGUUAUGUAUAGCGGCUUACAAAACAGACAGGCAAAUUCAAGAGUUCGUAUGACAAUGCAAGACUAUUAUUGCUAUCAAUUUCAUUAUAAACCCGGGCAACCCAAUCCAUUUCUCUCUUAUGGGAUAUUAUCAAAUCAAGCUAAGGUCGAUGCCCGUGCCUGCAUUGAUGAAAAUAGGCUUACUUACAUUCUGAAUAAUCAGGACAAAUUAAGGAUGGAAAAUUUACAAGGUAUAUCAGAUGCUGUUAGUAGAGGUUGCAUAAACGGUGAAGAGAUGGGGAAAACAAUUGUGCUUCCAGCGUCACAUAUCGGUGGAAGACGAUACAUGAUACAAAACUAUCACGACAGCAUAGCUAUUUGCAGAGUUCAUGGCCCACCUGACUUCUUCGUAACCUUCACAUGUAAUGCAAAGUGGCCCGAAAUUAUUGAGAGUCUUUACCACUGUGGACAAAAAAAUUCUGACGCACCUGAUAUUGCGGUAAGAAUAUUCCAUAUGAAAUUACAAGAGUUAUUACAAGAUAUAAAAUCUGGAAAGAUAGUUGGACCAUGCAAAGCAGGUGCGAAUAUUUUGUUUCCAAUUUUAUACAUACAUAUACUUCUCUUUAAUUAUUGAGUUGGAAUUUGUAUUCGUAAACAAACUUUCUUAUACUCAUUCGUUUUUUCUACCUUAUCUACAGUAAAAAAAACAAAUCUUUAUUCCAAUAUUGUUGCUUUACCAUCUAUGCUGCGAACCCACAAUUUGAGUACAAAAGUUAAAUUUACUUAUUCAUCCUUUAUACACUAAGUUUAUAACACCUUGUCUAAUAUAAUCUUCUUAACUUGAGUAAAAAGGUUAGAUUUACUUAUUUAUUCAUAAUUCACUUAACCUAUAUCACCUUGUCUAGUCCUCUUUUUUUAGUAUACAACCUUUUGACUGAAAACAUUUACAUAGUACAUAUUGAAACCUUGAUUGUCCAAACAUUUUAUACAAAUGCACACAAAUGUUGACAAUACCGCUUAUAACAUUGAUCUAUUACAAACACAUAAUUACUCACCAAAGGUUUUCCUAACUUUUUUCGUGGUUUCCUCAUAUGCAACCUUCCGUUCAAUGCAAUCCCAUGAACAAUAUUGCCUUAACUACCAAAACCCUUGCUAUAUUAUACAUAUUCAAACUUAAUUUACCAAAAGUUUUGUGCUUCUUAUCUCUUUGCUCCAUUUGCAAUUUGCGUAAAUAGUAUUUUUCAUGCCUGGCAACAUAAGUUCCAUUGUACACGCUUUAACUUAAUAAACAAAAAAGGAACCCUUCUUUGUUUGGUUUGUUCUUUUCUUUGUAAACCUAACAGUAACACGAAUCCAUACAUAACAAUGACAAGACUGUUAAUACCAUUACCACAUCACAUGUCAUAACUUAGCUACUAUAAGUCUUUCUAAUCAAUUCAUCUUUUUUUCGUGAUGCAGUCCUAUAUACAGUAGAAUUCCAGAAACGUGGAUUACCUCACGCGCAUAUUAUUUUCUGGGUGUCAACUGAUACCUCACAGCCAAAUGCUAACCUUAUAGAUUCUUACAUAACUGCUGAGAUACCAGAUCCAGCUACUGAUCCAUUAGGAUAUGCCUUACUUGCGGAACACAUGGUCCAUGGACCAUGUGGCUAUUAUAAUCAAAAUUCGCCUUGCAUGAAAAGAAAUCAAUGCUCCAAGCACUAUCCUAAGCUCUUUAACAGUGAAACUGUAGUUGAUAUGAAUGGAUUUGCAGUUUACAAACGAUCAAACAAUGAUAGAUUCGUCAUGAAAUCUAACAUUAAGCUAGACAAUAGAUGGGUUGUUCCCUACAACAUGACAUUACUCAAAAAAUAUCAAGCCCACAUCAAUGUAGAAUGGUGUAACAAAGUUCAGGUAACCGUAUACACAAACACCAAACCAAUUAUGUUUUGCAUACAGAGGAAAAUGUCGUCUUCUUGCAUAGCUAUCUAAUAACUGUUAUAUAACACUAACAAUUUCUAGCUCACAGAUAUAAACUCAGCUUCAUUGCCACUGAUGGAACAUCCGAAGCAGAAUUCUUUUGCUUUGAUACUAUAGCUAGACGAAUAGUAGGAAAAUCUUGUCAAACCCUUUUUAGCACAUCAGAUGUUUCUCGAGGUCCUCCUCCAGACCUAGCUGCCAUUGUCUCCCUCAAAUUCACACUUGCAGUUACCAUCAACAUGUCUGCAUUCUGUGUCACAAAUCGAAUCUUUUCUAUCCUUUCUGUCCUAGCAAGUCAUGGAAGACAAGCAUCAAUACCAUGUGCCACACAAAACCUUUCCCAACAACAGAUGUUUACACAAGAGAGCACAGUUGAUGUCAUAACCGGUUCAAAUCUGGGCUGCUUAGCCUGUCCACGUCGGCUGAAAAAGGUUGGCCAUUGGAUCACACAUCAACGGUUGGAGCGCUGGUUAUCCCAUCCACUACAUACAAAAAUAGAGCCAGCUGCCUUCGUUCCAUAGAAACCUGGAAGUCUCCAGGUCGCCCGCCGCGACGACCAAGAAGCAAGUCUCAGCUGCCAGCGGUCACGUCCUUAUCGCUGCCACUUCUCCGUCGCGUUUGCCGUUCGUCGUCGCCACAGGUCAUAUUGGUCCUCUGCUGCAGCUAAAGUUCGUGAGCAAUAAAAGAGCAGUUGGAAUUUAGCAUACACGGACGUAAGUCUUCUCACACCUUCUCCUUUAGAAUUCCUUGUGUUCUACUUGGUUGAUGUACUGCUUUUGCUAAAUAGUGUGAUACCUUUCUACCAACAAAUUGAGUAAUUUUGUUCAUACACAGUUUCUUAAUUAGCAACCAAGGCAUCAACUUAUUUAUCCUUAAGUAGCAAUAAAGGCAUAUGCCGUGUAUAUGAUUUCCCUCUACUUCCUCCUCUACUGAAUUAGCCAAUUAUAUGAGUACACAAAACUCACCAUAAAUAGUUUAUUUAGACAAACAUGAUUAAACAUAGGUAUAGUUAAAAAAUCUGUGUAGAUGUAUACAUACGUAUGUAUAUGUCCAAAUUAAUCUUGAUUUGUUUGCAUUUUUUCCCUGUACUUCGUCAACUGUUCACACAACCAUGUGCUUAUACAUGUCUGAUGAUCACUAUAUAGCUGAUCUAUACAAACAUGUACAUAUAUAUUAUAUAUAGAGAUCAUACGAACUAUAUAUGUAUAGAGAAAGAGAGGCGUCUGAUCUAGGAGAUCUAUGGAAUACUAUCCUAUUAUUCAUGUACUAUGUUCAGUGAUAUUGAUUGUCAUAUAUAACUAGGAGAAAAUAGGUGCAAAUUUGUGGGAACUACUUUGAUAUGGACCCCUUAAAUCCAAACAGCAACAGAAAGCGGAAUCAUAACAAUGCAUGCUACGCCCCAUCAACUUUAUCUCAUACAGAAGCAAGGCGUAUACGUAAGCGAGUGCUAGAUCAGCGAAAACUAGCAUCAACAGGUAAGACAGUGAACACAACUUUUCCCCCCGAUGGUUUUAAAAAAUAUCAAAUAUUGAGGAUGAAUACAACUGUACUAGGGUCCACCGCGCCAUCUCAGCAUACUCCCACACUGCGGUGUGGACACUUCGAUCCAGAUUUCGUAAAAACAAUCAAAGCUACAUACCAUGAUCGAUCGUAUUAUGGAAGACCAUCAUACCAAUGUGUUCAUUGCUCCGCACUUUUUUGGCACAACGAGAGAAUAAGGUCAUCUGUGGGAACAAGAUCUGUCAUCUACAAUAGUUGUUGUAAAGGUGGUAAAGUUCGCAUACCUGCUUAUAGACCCAGGCCUGAACCUUUAUUGUCAUUAGCAAGGUUUGAUGGUGAUGUGGUUUCAAAAAACUUCAUGCAAAAUAUAAGGCAAUACAAUUGCUUGUUUGCAUUUACAUCUAUGGGCGCUCAUAUUGAUAGAUCAUUGAAUGAUGGUCGCGGACCACCAGUCUUCAAGAUAUGUGGUCAGAUCCAUCAUCGAAUAGGCUCAUUACUUCCAAUGACCGACCAGCCCCCAAAAUUCCUUCAACUUUAUGUAUAUGAUACAUCACAUGAGGUAAAUAAUCGAAUACGGUCUUUAUCAAGUGAUGAUGCUCCUGAUUCUCCUAUACAGCCACAAAUUGUUCAUGAACUAUUACAGAUGUUGGACACCCAUAAUCCUUUCGCUAAAAAAUUCAGAAUUGCUAAGGAAAGGCUUAUCGAACACGCAGACGAGGAAUUUAUCAUUAGAAUUAUUGGAGCCAAAGAAGGAGAUCCUGUGCAAUAUGACAUGCCAACAACUGAUGAUUUAGCCAUGCUAGUUAUCGGUGAUUUCUCCCUUGAAACCUUCAAACGAGACAUUAUCAUAGAAACCAGAAAUUAUGAAUUAAAACGUAUUUCAUCGUUACAUCCAGCUUAUAUGGCCCUUCAAUAUCCACUCCUAUUUCCAUAUGGAGAACGAGGUUUCCAAAUUGGUGUUAUGUAUAGCGGCUUACAAAACAGACAGGCAAAUUCAAGAGUUCGUAUGACAAUGCAAGACUAUUAUUGCUAUCAAUUUCAUUAUAAACCCGGGCAACCCAAUCCAUUUCUCUCUUAUGGGAUAUUAUCAAAUCAAGCUAAGGUCGAUGCCCGUGCCUGCAUUGAUGAAAAUAGGCUUACUUACAUUCUGAAUAAUCAGGACAAAUUAAGGAUGGAAAAUUUACAAGGUAUAUCAGAUGCUGUUAGUAGAGGUUGCAUAAACGGUGAAGAGAUGGGGAAAACAAUUGUGCUUCCAGCGUCACAUAUCGGUGGAAGACGAUACAUGAUACAAAACUAUCACGACAGCAUAGCUAUUUGCAGAGUUCAUGGCCCACCUGACUUCUUCGUAACCUUCACAUGUAAUGCAAAGUGGCCCGAAAUUAUUGAGAGUCUUUACCACUGUGGACAAAAAAAUUCUGACGCACCUGAUAUUGCGGUAAGAAUAUUCCAUAUGAAAUUACAAGAGUUAUUACAAGAUAUAAAAUCUGGAAAGAUAGUUGGACCAUGCAAAGCAGGUGCGAAUAUUUUGUUUCCAAUUUUAUACAUACAUAUACUUCUCUUUAAUUAUUGAGUUGGAAUUUGUAUUCGUAAACAAACUUUCUUAUACUCAUUCGUUUUUUCUACCUUAUCUACAGUAAAAAAAACAAAUCUUUAUUCCAAUAUUGUUGCUUUACCAUCUAUGCUGCGAACCCACAAUUUGAGUACAAAAGUUAAAUUUACUUAUUCAUCCUUUAUACACUAAGUUUAUAACACCUUGUCUAAUAUAAUCUUCUUAACUUGAGUAAAAAGGUUAGAUUUACUUAUUUAUUCAUAAUUCACUUAACCUAUAUCACCUUGUCUAGUCCUCUUUUUUUAGUAUACAACCUUUUGACUGAAAACAUUUACAUAGUACAUAUUGAAACCUUGAUUGUCCAAACAUUUUAUACAAAUGCACACAAAUGUUGACAAUACCGCUUAUAACAUUGAUCUAUUACAAACACAUAAUUACUCACCAAAGGUUUUCCUAACUUUUUUCGUGGUUUCCUCAUAUGCAACCUUCCGUUCAAUGCAAUCCCAUGAACAAUAUUGCCUUAACUACCAAAACCCUUGCUAUAUUAUACAUAUUCAAACUUAAUUUACCAAAAGUUUUGUGCUUCUUAUCUCUUUGCUCCAUUUGCAAUUUGCGUAAAUAGUAUUUUUCAUGCCUGGCAACAUAAGUUCCAUUGUACACGCUUUAACUUAAUAAACAAAAAAGGAACCCUUCUUUGUUUGGUUUGUUCUUUUCUUUGUAAACCUAACAGUAACACGAAUCCAUACAUAACAAUGACAAGACUGUUAAUACCAUUACCACAUCACAUGUCAUAACUUAGCUACUAUAAGUCUUUCUAAUCAAUUCAUCUUUUUUUCGUGAUGCAGUCCUAUAUACAGUAGAAUUCCAGAAACGUGGAUUACCUCACGCGCAUAUUAUUUUCUGGGUGUCAACUGAUACCUCACAGCCAAAUGCUAACCUUAUAGAUUCUUACAUAACUGCUGAGAUACCAGAUCCAGCUACUGAUCCAUUAGGAUAUGCCUUACUUGCGGAACACAUGGUCCAUGGACCAUGUGGCUAUUAUAAUCAAAAUUCGCCUUGCAUGAAAAGAAAUCAAUGCUCCAAGCACUAUCCUAAGCUCUUUAACAGUGAAACUGUAGUUGAUAUGAAUGGAUUUGCAGUUUACAAACGAUCAAACAAUGAUAGAUUCGUCAUGAAAUCUAACAUUAAGCUAGACAAUAGAUGGGUUGUUCCCUACAACAUGACAUUACUCAAAAAAUAUCAAGCCCACAUCAAUGUAGAAUGGUGUAACAAAGUUCAGGUAACCGUAUACACAAACACCAAACCAAUUAUGUUUUGCAUACAGAGGAAAAUGUCGUCUUCUUGCAUAGCUAUCUAAUAACUGUUAUAUAACACUAACAAUUUCUAGCUCACAGAUAUAAACUCAGCUUCAUUGCCACUGAUGGAACAUCCGAAGCAGAAUUCUUUUGCUUUGAUACUAUAGCUAGACGAAUAGUAGGAAAAUCUUGUCAAACCCUUUUUAGCACAUCAGAUGUUUCUCGAGGUCCUCCUCCAGACCUAGCUGCCAUUGUCUCCCUCAAAUUCACACUUGCAGUUACCAUCAACAUGUCUGCAUUCUGUGUCACAAAUCGAAUCUUUUCUAUCCUUUCUGUCCUAGCAAGUCAUGGAAGACAAGCAUCAAUACCAUGUGCCACACAAAACCUUUCCCAACAACAGAUGUUUACACAAGAGAGCACAGUUGAUGUCAUAACCACACAAGAAUCUCCAGCAACAUCGUUUGCCAAACUAUCCACUUCUACCAAACAAGAAAAUGUGGCACGACGCAAACUUGCGUAUUCUGAAACUCUACACGACACAAAUGUUGAUGAACAGAUUCCAGAUGAGGUCAACAAAGACAGCCUCGCGUCACCUCCUAAGAAGAUCAAGACUACCCAACUAGGUUCUACACACCCUGGCAACCUUAAUCAUUAGAUCAUCAAUGGUCUCAUGAUAUUCUCAUGAAGGUAAUAUGACGAGCAUCGUCACUUUUGGAGCACGAAUGCUUUUGUGUAUAUAUAACCAGAACGCUGAAACUUUCGCAGUGAUGUAUAUAUUGAACAGAUCUCUAGCUGUUGAAUCUUGCUAAUGAUGUAAUAUAUAAGUUUGUAGAAACCCACGAACAUGUCA